AUGCCGGAGAGGGUGGCUGAUAUGAGACCGAUUGCUCUCAGCAAUGUUAUUUAUAGGGUAAUGGCGAAGAUGAUAACGAAUAGGAUGAAGCCACUUAUGGGAAACUUGAUCUCGGAGUCUCAAAGUGCGUUUAUCCCGGGCCGCCUGAUCACAGAUAAUAUUCUUGUUGCAGCAGAAGUGGGGCAUUAUUUAAAUAGAAAGCAAUGUGGGCAGGUAGGAUGGAGUGCUUUAAAGCUUGACAUGUCAAAGGCUUAUGACAGGAUGGAGUGGUCUUUUCUGCAGAGAAUGAUGUGCGCUAUGGGUUUCGAUCAGCGGUGGGUUACCCUUAUAAUGCAUUGUGUCACAACUGUGAGGUAUACGAUUAUGGUAAACGGGGUGGCAGGUGGACAGAUAGUGCCUACACGAGGUCUCAGGCAGGGGGACCCUCUAUCUCCCUACUUGUUUAUUAUUUGUGCAGAGGGGCUCUCCAUGUUGUUACAGAAAGCGCAGUUGGAUGGGGUAAUCCAUGGCUGUAGGGUGGCAAGAGGGGCACCGGCGGUGUCCCAUCUAUUUUUUGCAGAUGAUAGCCUGCUUUUUUUCAAAGCUAAUAUAGAGGAAGCUGGUGUAAUUAAACAAUGCUUACACCAAUAUGAGAGGUUGUCUGGCCAAAAAGUGAAUUAUGACAAGUCAAAUAUUUGUUUCAGUAGAAACACCCAGGAGGAAAUAAAGGGGGAGGUGGCGGCAGUUUUAGGGGCAGAAAUAAGAGAGCUGUUUUUUCCUAUCAGGCAGAGAAUUGGUUCCUGGAGUAAAAAGUUGCUUUCUCAGGCUGUUUGCACAUCAAUAGAGAGGACCAUGAACAGGUAUUGGUGGGGAUCUGGAACGGAGAGGAAAAUACAUUGGAAGGCUUGGGAUAAAUUAUGCAUCCCUAAGAAGUAUGGGGGUCUGGGAUUUAAAGACCUACGAGCUUUUAAUUUGGCAAUGCUGGGAAAACAGGCAUGGCGUUUUCUCACAAACCCCGGCACUUUGGUGGCAAGAAUAUAUAAAGCCAGGUAUUACCCGAAUACAUCUUUUGUUGAUGCUACCAUAGGAAAUUGCCCAAGUUUUUGCUGGAGAAGUAUAAUGGCUGCGCACGGAAUGGUUUGUUCAGGGGUAAGGAGGCGUGUAGGGAAUGGACAAAAAACAUUAAUAUGGGGGCAUCCCUGGCUACCAGAUAAUCCCAGUCCGUUGGUCCAAACAAGAAUGCCCCAGGAGUUGCGACAUGCCCAUGUAGCAGGAUUGAUUGACCAACAAACUAAUACCUGGGAUCCACAUAUUCUGACUGAUUUAUUUAUUCCUGAGGAUGUCACACGUAUUUUAAUGAUCCCUGUUAGCCCCGAAUAUGAAGACACUUGGUAUUGGAAGGGGGAGAUGAAUGGAAUAUAUUCAGUUAAAAAUGCCUAUAGGCAGAUUAAGGGGGAUUAUGUGCAUAACCCAAGUGAUUUUGAUAAAUGGGUUACUAUGUGGAAAUUGAAAGUGCCACCCAAAUGGAAGACCUUUUUGUGGAGAGCAGUCUGUGGUAUCCUCCCUACUACGGACAAUCUAAUAAUGCGACGAGUUGAGAUUGAUCUGCUGUGCCCAAUGUGCCAAGGGGCGCAUGAGAACAUCAUGCAUGCGUUACUCGAGUGUGACUAUUCAAAAUUAGUGUGGAGUAUGUCGGGGUUGCCGGUUACCAAUAUACAUACUAAUUCAUUGCCGACAUGGCUUAUGGGAAUUUUUAAUGUCUUGACAGAGGAACAGUGUGGCCUAGCAGUGGCGAUAUUAUAUGCUAUUUGGAGUACCCGCAACAAGGCGGUAUGGGACCACGCCCUCCCAAGACCGACGGACACAUGGAAUCGAGCGGUGGCGGCCAUGCAGGCAUACCGACGUGCGCAGCCCGGCCUGCCGGCACGGACACUUACUGCCGUGAUCAGUCAAGCCACUGGCGGUGUACCUCGCUGCUACGUAGACGCGGGUUUCAGGCCGGAUACGGGAGAAGCAUCCUAUGGUGUAGUUCUCGUCUCACAACAUGGAUCGUUUGUUGCGGCAAUGAAUGGACGGCUCGCGGGUGCUUUCUCGGCUACUAUGGCCGAAGCACUGGCCUAUAAGGAGGCGCUCUCUUGGCUUAAGAAUCGGGACAUCAUGGAGGUGGACAUGUUGACGGACUGCAUGGAAUUACAAAAUAUGAUGCGUACAAGCCACACGGCUAACUACUCCUACCUUGGGAUCAUUCUUCUUUAG